GGGUCUGUCAGAGAAAGAGGAGGGAAACUAUAAACGGUGGCUCCAUUCAAACCUUCCGGGCACCGACCGUUCGCGGUCCAUCGUUCUUCUGCCGGAAUGUCAAACCGAGCUACUCUGCUGCUGCAUCGCUUCGAGAUACCGCUCGGAGUUCUAGCAAGUCGCCCCUCGUCCCCGUCGCAGUCGCAGUCGCAGUCAUCAGGCACAAGGCCGAAUCCGCAGACGACGACGCGGUCGCGGUGUCUGGCCACUGAAGACGACCGGGUGAAGUGCUUCCCACCCGAGCCGCGCAGUCGACGGAACUCCGGACGCGGGAGCGACACAGGAACGACGGCCAGUUCUCGCGCUGCGUUAUGAAAGAAUCGAUCGUCGUUCAGAUCGUCCGGCGCCGGCAGAGUCCGGCUCAGUAGUAUCCGACCGUUGCUGCGCAGUCCUCGUCCUAUUUCGAAACUUUUCAAACGCUCAUCGCAACGUGUUGUUGCCGACUAGUCGGAUUCUUGUUCGUCGGGGUCCCACUUGCUUAGUCCUACCUCCUCUGCAUUGCGCAUCAUCUUCCCUCUCCUUCCCUCCCCUCCCCUCGCAGCUUUCUUCCUCGUCAGCUUUAAUUGGCCACGCCCUCUCCUGCUCAACGACGCCUGCCUCAUUUCCGCCCCGCGCUUUAGACAUUGUCACGAAUUUCUGCACUCUGCCUCUCUCGAGGAACUUGCGGAAGCUUGAAGGCUCUGAGUUGGCCGACUCUUGAGCUCAAUUGAUUGAGGAUUGUGUGGUGCGAUCCAGGCGCUUAACGUUUGGAGGAUCCAACUCGGUACCUGAAUACCCUACCUAAGGAUGCCUUCCAUUCAGUAUUCCGAGAAAUAUUUCGAUGACACCUACGAGUACAGACAUGUUGUUUUGCCACCUGAGGUUGCCCAACUCCUGCCCAAGGACCGCCUUCUAUCUGAGACGGAAUGGCGAGGAAUCGGAGUACAGCAGUCUAGGGGUUGGGUCCACUACGCCAUCCAUCGCCCUGAGCCUCACAUCAUGCUUUUCCGACGGCCUCUGAACUAUCAACAGAACACUCAGCAGCAGCAGUCAGCUCCCGCCGUGCAACCUAUGGGACUAAAAGCUUGAAGACUUUUGUAAAUUGGAUAGAUGAAAGACUUGAACACUCCUGUAGCCUUCUCGCUGGACUACUUAAUAGUGGGAGCACCCACGACAGAUUCAUCCAGCGAUGAACAAGAUGAGGAACCCAGUUUCGAAUUUAGAUCGAGUGGCAGGGAACUAACGAUAUUUAACAGUCGCGUAUGGUCACUCAUAGGGGUGUUACAUUUUUCGUAAUAAGCUGCAACUUGACGCAAGAGAGCGUCCUUGCAAUUCUUGCUGCUACCAACUUGAGCUGCAUCAUUUGAAAUAAUGAUAUAGGUUGGGCCUUAUUUUUCUGUAUUGUAAAGAGGAUAAUUGAUUAUGAAUUCGAUGAAAUAUAGUAGUAAAUUACCAGCACUGGUGCGUGCAUCACAAGGUUCGGAGGUUUCGAUUUCUUUUGAUUCGGAGGUUCAAGCGUUAUGUC